CGUCGCCCGAAGUCGUUCAGAAGUCUACCAAACAGUCCGACCAAUGGCUGUAAUAAUGACAUCGAUUAUGACAUAUCAGAUAAUUAUCUCAUUUGGAGUAAUAUAAGUUCAAUAAUCAUCGCACCAUUGGAUAAAAAGGCAAAGAAUGCGCUGAACAUUAACAACAAGAAAGUCUUAUUACAGACAUCGGAUGUGCAGAGAAUAUCACUCGAUUGGGUCCACGACUUGUUAUAUUACGUGGAAAACGGAGAAAUCAAAGUAAUUAAUGUGAAGACCCAGAGAUCAAAGACAAUAAUCGGUGGCAAUCAUGAGUCGCAUAAUAAUUUCCACGCAAUCGAUGUGGCGGUCAAUCCCGUCGAGUCGUUCAUCGUUUGGAUCCGUUUUGACCGAAGAACCUAUGAUUUCAAACUGAACAGGGCUGAACAGAGUGGCGCCAAUCAAAAGUUUAAAGAGGGCUGUUGCGCCGCAUACACGAAGUCCAGUCAUCUGACCGCUCACUUACGCAGACAUACCGGUGAGAAGCCAUAUGUAUGCAAUUGGCCCGACUGUGACUGGAGGUUCUCCAGGUCGGAUGAGUUGUCACGACACAAGCGCUCGCAUACGGGGGAGAAGACCCACAUCUGUCCGUUCUGUUCGAAAGGCUUCUCCCGAUCCGAUCACUUGAGUAAACACUUUCGCGUCCAUAAGCAGGAGCUACCGGACGGUCUCGAUGUGAAGCAUUUAAUCAAAAACGCCAGAAAAACGAAGAAUCGCUUCUGAUUACAGC